UUGCUUUAAUAGUAUAGCAAUAAUAAUAAUAACAAUAAUAAUAAUAACAGGGCAGGUUUCUGAAAUCCAGCCCUCCUAGUAGCCUGAUCCCCUUGAUGUGGGGUGCCUCUCCAGGUCUCCAGGGAUGAGCGCUGGAUUGACGCACCGGGGACCUCACCCUUCUCUUUGUAUGUACAUGCAUGUAUACCACUGUGUUUAUUACAAAUGUCAUGCAUAUUUACUGUAGAAAAAAUAGAAAACCAAGACCAACAGAAGGAAAAAACCCUCUGAAAUCUCACCACUGAGAGGUAAUUUGGGACUGGAAUUUCCUUCCAGUCCUUUGUGCGUGUGUGUCUCUGCUUUGUGAAAAUGUGAUUGUAGAGUUUUGCUACCUGUUUUAGUCUUUCAUGAAGUGUAUGUGGACCCGCCUGGGUCUGUCUCCCAUCUCUAAUCCCAUCUGCUGUAAAGUUUUCUGUUUGCUAAAGGGCAUGGGAUAAGGAAAGACCACUCCCUUCUUUUCCCAUGCUCAUUGUCCAAUUCUACUCCAAGUGUCCAACGUAACAUGAGGAAGAUGCCCUAUCUGGCUCUCCUCUCUGUAAUUUUCUCUCUUAUUCGCCAUCUCCCUUCCAGACCUCUCAAGUUAACCCUGACCCUUGAGGUCUCACUGGGCUUUAAAUGAGGCCUUUGUAAAGAGAAUAACCCAUAACACAAUGGAAAGUGUGAGCCGAAUGGUGCUUACUUCUCAAAAAAUGUGUCCAUUUUAUCUUGGAGAGAGCUUGAGGAAGACUGGAUUUGCAAGGGAAGGAAUGUACCUGGCCUCAGGUACUCCAGUUGUGCCUCCUCUUUGUCAUCAGCCUCUCAUCACCUGGCUGAAUCGAGAAACUUCAAACAGCAAAAGUUCUGAAAAGUAACACCAAAGGUGGACCCCCGGGCAUUGCCCAGGAUGUAACAGAGGUGGCAUAGCCUAGGCCCCAACUCAAGGAAUUGUUUCCACUUGUAUGGGAAGGAGCUGGUGGACCUUCUAGGGCUGCAGGGCGGAAAUAUCAGAUAAGACAGGCAGGUUGAGGGGAGUGAGGUGGGGGAUCUGGAGAGACCCACUUUACCCAGGACACACAAAGGAAAAAAUGCAGGCUGACCUUUUGAAUUGUAUCCUGAAGGCAAUGGAGAAGAUAUUGAUCAGGAAGUGGUUACUGACACCAGAUUCUACAGGAGAAGCCUGGUCAGAGACAGACCGGGCCUAGGCCGGAGGAAGAGAAGACCUACAGGGAUGGCGGUUCCUCCCUUUCAAAGGUUCUUGGUUCAGCUGAUGGUGUUCCUGAUCAGCUUCAUAAGCUCCGUGUUCUGUGGCCACCUGGGCAAGCUGGAGCUGGACGCAGUCACGCUGGCGAUCGCGGUUAUCAAUGUCACUGGUGUCUCAGUGGGAUUCGGCUUAUCUUCUGCUUGUGACACCCUCAUCUCCCAGACGUACGGGAGCCAGAACCUGAGGCACGUGGGCGUGAUCCUACAGCGGAGUAUGCUCAUUCUGCUCCUCUGCUGCUUCCCCUGCUGGGCGCUGUUUCUCAACACCCAGCACAUCCUGCUGCUCUUCAGGCAGGACCCGGUUGUGUCCAGGCUUACCCAGACCUAUGUCACGAUCUUCAUUCCAGCUCUUCCUGCAACCUUUCUUUAUACGCUACAAGUUAAAUAUUUGCUCAACCAGGGAAUUCUCCUGCCCCAGAUCGUAACUGGAGUUGCAGCCAACCUUGUCAAUGCCCUCGCCAACUAUCUGUUUCUCCAUCAGCUGCAUCUUGGGGUGAUAGGCUCUGCAGUGGCAAAUUUGAUUUCCCAGUACACCCUGGCUCUACUCCUCUUUUUCUACAUCCUUGGGAAAAAACUGCAUCAAGCUACAUGGGGAGGUUGGUCCCUCGAGUGCCUGCAGGACUGGGCCUCCUUCCUCCGCCUGGCCAUCCCCAGCAUGCUCAUGCUAUGCAUGGAGUGGUGGGCCUAUGAGGUCGGGAGCUUCCUCAGCGGCAUCCUCGGCAUGGUGGAGCUGGGCGCUCAGUCCAUCGUGUAUGAACUGGCCAUCGUUGUGUACAUGGUCCCUGCAGGCUUCAGCGUGGCUGCCAGUGUCCGAGUAGGAAACGCUCUGGGUGCUGGAGACAUGGAGCAGGCACGGAAGUCCUCCACCGUUUCCCUACUAAUCACAGUGCUCUUUGCUGUAGCCUUCAGUGUCCUGCUGUUAAGCUGUAAGGAUCUUGUGGGGUACAUUUUCACUACCGACCGAGACAUCAUUAAUCUGGUGGCUCAGGUGGUUCCAAUUUAUGCUGUUUCCCACCUCUUCGAAGCUCUUGCUUGCACGAGCGGUGGCGUUCUGAGGGGGAGUGGAAAUCAGAAGGUUGGAGCCAUUGUGAAUACCGUUGGGUACUACGUGGUUGGCCUCCCCAUCGGGAUCACGCUGAUGUUUGCAACCAAACUUGGAGUGAUGGGUCUGUGGUCAGGGAUCAUCAUCUGUACAGUCUUUCAAGCUGUGUGUUUUCUAGGCUUUAUUAUUCAGCUAAAUUGGAAAAAAGCGUGUCAGCAGGCUCAGGUACACGCCAAUUUGAAAGCAGACGUGGCUCGGAGUGGGAAUUCCGCUCUCCCUCAGGACCCGUUUCACCCAGGGUGCCCUGAAAACCAUGAAGGAAUUUUAAUGAACGAUGUUGGAAAGACGGGCGAGGCUCAGUUGGAUCAGCAGAUGCGCCAAGAAGAACCUUUGCCGGAACAUCCACAGGACAGUGCGAAGUUGUCCAGGACACAGCUGGUGCUGCGGCGAGGGCUUCUGCUCCUGGGGGCCUUCUUAAUCUUGCUGGUGGGGAUUUUAGUGAGAUUCUAUGUCAGAAUUCAGUGACGUGGCAGGAAAGAAAGUCAGGUCAAGUGAUGCUUUUGAGCUUACACACAAUUCACAGGCCCACCAGUGACAAUUUACUUUGAGUUAAUGUCAUUCAAGUGUGCCCAUGGAUUCUGAGGGUUGGGAAUGCAAAGAUACAUUUCUCUAAAAAAAGAAAAAGCAACUAAGGUUAAAAGCUAUAUUGUGGCCCAAGACACUGUCUGAAAGAUGACAUGAGUAAUAUAAUUCACCACUAUCUGAACCAAGGACCAAUGUGCUGACUGCAUUGGCCAAUGGCUUUGCUAUUUUUUUAGACACAAACCCAGAAACUCAGUGCUUAAGAAUUCAUACUGCCUGAAUUAUGUAAAAUAUAUUUUACAAUAUAUCUUUCCUUGGGCCUUAGAUUACUAUUCACUGGGCAAAUGGUAUUUGUUUUUGUUUUAAUUUUUUUUUUUGAUAGACGGAAGUCUUGCUCUGUCACGCAGGGUGGAGUACAGUGGUGCGAUCAUAGCUCACUGCAGCCUCAAACUCCUGGGCUUCAAGCAAUCCUCCUGUGUCAACCACCAGAGUAGCUGAGACUUCAGGGGUGUGCCACCAUGCCCAGCUGGCAUUUGUUAAUCUUCAUUUGAGGUCUAGAUCUAGGCACUGUGGGCACUGAAAAACAGUCAGGAAAUCUUUGGAGCUGUGGAAAUCCAGACAAGGACUGAUAAUUCCUGGCAGGGGUGUGUGCGUGACCUACUGCAGCCUCAACCUCCUGGGCUCAAGUGAUCCUCGCAUCUCAGCCUCCUGAGUAGCUGAGACCACAGGCGUGUGCCACCAUGCCUAGCUAAUUUUUUAUUUUUUGUAGAGACGGGGUCUACCUGUUUUUUCCCAGGCUGGUCUUGAAUUCCUGGGAUCAAGCGAUCCUUCCACCUUGCCCUCCCAAAGUGUUGGGAUUAUAGGCGUGAGCCACCACGCCUGGCCAGAGGACAAAAUUUUAAUAAAGGUCUUAGCUUAAGUAGUAAUCCUACUUCAUUAACCUUCCUGGGGCGGGGUACGCACCGAUAAUUCAGCAAGCCCCAGUACAUACUAAGUAUGCUCAGUGCUGUGAAAGUGGAUUACACCAAAUUAAGUCAUUCUUAUCACACCCAAUUAAAAGUCAAGAAGCCAGGGAUAAAAGCACCCCAGGCACAUAACUUUAAUCUAGUAAUGUAAUUCUCUGCACAUCCAGCUGGUGAAACUGCCUGCUGUAAGCUGAGACCAGCUUUAUCCAUAACUGCUGAGAUAACUUGCUGAAGCUCUAGGAAUAAUUUCGCCUGCCCGGUUGCUCACCAGUUGUAGCUUGCCAGCUCCCAGGACCCUUCCCGGUGCCAAUAAACUUUCUCAAAGAGCUAUACUGACAUUUCUUUUGAUAAAACCUCCAGCCUUCUGUGCUGUUCCGACAUACCGAGGACCACCUGGUCUACAUGGAUGCCCUGAACUGCAAUUCUUUCUUCCCAAAUAAAGCAUUAAAUGGA